CAUAGGGACAUCCUCCAUUGCAGCUAGCUAGCUGCAUUCGGUUGAGGCCAACCAGCAACCACACACCACAGCUCAUUACUCACUAGCAGCAACGAUGAGGAGGUUGCGGCUGCAGCAGGUCGCCGUCAUCGUGGCGGUACUAGCGGUGGUGCGGCCGGCUCUGUGCCGGGAGCAGAAGAACAAUGGGACGGCGGCGGUGGCGGGGGGGGGGGAGGGGAAGCGGAGUCCGAGGGCGACGGCGGUGAUCGUGUUCGGCGACUCGAUCGUCGACCCGGGGAACAACAACAACCUGCACACCCAGAUCAAGGCCAACCAUCCCCCCUACGGCAAGGACUUCGACGGCCACGUCGCCACCGGCCGCUUCUCCAACGGCCUCGUGCCGUCCGACCUCGUCGCCCAGAAACUUCACGUGAAGAAGCUGGUUGCUCCGUGGCUCAAUGUUGACCACACUCCAGAGGACCUCCUCACCGGCGUUAGCUUUGCCUCAGGAGCCACAGGAUAUGAUCCCCUCACUCCAAAGAUCGUGAGCGUCAUCACGCUUGAACAACAACUGGAGUACUUCGAUGAGUACCGCGGCAAGUUGGUGGCCAUCGCCGGUGAGGAAGAGGCCGAGAGGAUCAUCGACGGCGCCUUGUUUUUUGUGUGCGCUGGCACGGAUGACGUGGCCAACACCUACUUCACCACUCCGUUCCGAAUCCUGGAGUACGACAUCCCGUCCUACGUGGACCUCCUCCUCGUCGGCGUGGACAAGUUCCUCCGAAGCGUGAGCGCUCGUGGAGCAAAGCUUAUAGGCUUCGUGGGCCUUCCACCUAUCGGGUGCGUGCCGUCGCAGCGGACGGUCGGUGGCGGGUUGCACCGUCGCUGUGAGCCCAAACGCAACUACGCGGCACAACUCUACAACUCGAGGGUGCAGGUGCUCAUCAACGGGUUGAAUGCGGAGGCUGGGUUCAACACCCGUGUUGUCUACUUGGGGAUCUAUGACAUCAUCCAAGAGCUCGCCGAGGGCGGGGAGCGGUGGGGGUUCACGGAGACGACCCGCGGGUGUUGUGGGACUGGGCUCAUUGAGGUGACGAAUCUCUGCGACUCGAGGUUCAUGGCAGUGUGCCAAGACGUAUCCAAGCAUGUCUUCUUCGACAGCUUCCAUCCCACGGAAAGGGCGUACAAGAUUAUUGUUGAUUACAUUUGGGACACCUACGGCUACCUCCUGCAACCCUAAGUGGAGUUUCUCGACAUAGAUUGAGCGCCAAGGAUCGACGAACAAAGAAAUUGUACAUGACAUAUAUAGUUGUCAAGAGAUUUCCUAUUAUUGUUUGAGAUCAACUUAUGCAUCAUGACAGUGAUCA